CGGCUGUUAAGUACGGUGGACCGCAUCGUCUUUUCUUUCCUGCCGUUGGAUGUAAUAUAUACUGUACUUGAGUGGGACUAAUCGAUCUCUGGCCAGCUGCUUGAUCUUAAAUAAGCCUGAUAGCUGAAGGAUCGAUCGAUCGAUCAUGGCAUCUCAAAGGUCCGAGUCAGAUGGAGCACCGCAUAGUGCACGCUCUAUUAUGCUCUCGAGCUCCAGUUCGCGAUCUAGCUCCAGUAGAGACAGUGACAUGGCUAGCAAAUUGCAAAAUGCAACAUGCCUUUCGAUCCGAGUACUACAAGAAAUCACGGAUAAUUUCUCUAAUGAGCGGAAAAUUGGGCAAGGCGCGUAUGGAGAGGUCUACGUGGCAGAGGCUGAAAAUGGAGAGAAUGUCGCUGUGAAGAUGCUUUAUAAUAACAUGCCAGGGAUUGACGAUGAACAAUUCCAACGUGAGUUUGAAAACCUUAUGACGCUUGAGCAUCAAAACAUUGUAAGGUUAGUUGGCUAUUGCUACGAAACACAACAUCAACCUAUGCACUACAUGGGAAGAACAAUUUUUGCAGAAAGGACAUACAGAGCACUUUGCUUCGAGUAUAUGGAAAAUGGAAGCCUUGAAAAACACCUUUCUGACGAAUGUGAUGGACUUGACUGGCACACACGUUACAAAAUUAUCAAGGGGACAUGCGAGGGUUUAAAGCACCUGCAUGAAGGAUUAGAUGAACCAAUUUACCAUUUAGACCUGAAACCCGACAAUAUAUUGUUAGACAAGAACAUGGUGCCAAAGCUUGCAGACUUUGGUUUAUCGAAGCUCUUCGGUGAUAAACAAACCAGGAUCUCACAUAGUCCUAUAGGAACAAUUGGAUACUUGCCGAUGGAAUACUUACAUGGAAACAUCGUCUCAAACAAGUUGGACAUAUUCAGCUUGGGUGUUGUGAUGAUAAAAAUAAUUGCAGGCCGUAGAGGCUACUCCAAAAGUGCUGAAAUGGAUCACCAAGAGUUUCUUGAUCAAGUGCAUGAAAACUGGAGGGACAGGAUGCUGAAAACAUGUCAAGCUUCCCGCCAACUAGAAGCACAUUACGAACAAGUUAAUGUAUGCACAAAGAUUGCCCUGAGUUGCAUGGAAAUUGAUAGACACAAAAGGCCAAAUAUAACCGAUAUCAUCCAUCAAAUGAAUGACAUCGAAGCUGUGAUUGACAAGAUGGUAUGCGCGAUUGAAACUCUCAUCGACCUGAACACACUAAUGGUCGAGGAGCUCAUUGAGCGCCUAAAGGCCGCCGAAGAGCGGUACGAGUUGGACCACCACGGUGGUUCCAAAAACUCCGACAAGAUGCUCCUUACUAAGGUGGAGUGGUUGGCGCACUCCAAGCAAGGUGUACAGGAUGACGCGUUCGAUAGUGGCAGCUAA